AUGACUUCAUCCCCCAACGACCGCACCAUCAGGUACUAUCAACUUGGCGACUUUGAGCUCCAGUCUGGCGAGAUCCUGACGGCGGCCUACAUCGCCUACCUGACCUACGGUUCCCCCUCCAACCCCUGCGUCCUCUACCCUACCUGGUAUUCUGGCACCAUCGUCGCUGGAAACGAAUGGCUCAUCUCCACCCCCGAGCAUCCUCGCCGUGCCCUUGACCCCGAAAGGUACUUCAUCGUCGUACCUGCUCUCUUUGGAAACGGUGAAUCCACUUCACCCUCCAAUACCACCGGUCCCAAAGGCGGGGUCAACAUGCCAAAGACAACCUUCUACGACAACGUCAAGGCCCAACACCAGCUCUUGACUCAAGGUCUGGGGAUCACCGACCAGAUUGCCGUCCUGGGUUGGAGCAUGGGAGCCGGACAGGCCUUCCAGUGGGCAUCCCAGUACCCGGACAUGGUCAAGCUCGCUGUGCCCUUUUGCGGUUCGGCUCGGACCUCAUUCCAUAACUGGGUAUUCCUCGAGGCCGUCAAGGGUGCCAUUCUUGCCGACACUGAGGGCUACUGUAAAGGUCGAUAUAUGGAAGAGAAGGGCCAGCAGCCUCUUGUCGGAUUGAAGACUCUGGGAAGAGUGUAUGCCGGAUGGGGAUUCAGCCAGGCAUUUUAUCGCGAGAAGGGGUUCGAGAAGUAUUAUGGGAUCGAGGGAGUCGAGAGGGUGAUGGUCGAGUUCUGGGAGAAGUGGUCGACGAGCAAGGAUGCUAACAAUAUGCUGCACAUGCUCUGGACCUGGCAGCAUGGGGAUAUCUCUGCCCAGCCCCUCUACGCCGGCAAGUCUGGUCUCGCAGAGGCUGACCGUCGUCUCUCUGACCGUGGUCUGGGCCGUCCCGGUGCAGGAUCGCAACAUGAUGAAGAUGCCUUUGAAAGAGCGCUGAAGGGUAUUCAAGGCAAGGUCUUGAUCAUGCCCUGUGAUAACGACCUGUAUUUCCCUCCUGAGGACAGCCAAAUUGAGAAGGAUUACAUUGGUGACAAUGCUGAAUUGAAGGUCAUUAAGAGCAUUUGGGGUCAUUGGGCUGGAGGACCGGGUGACAGCAAAGAGGAUGCCAAGUUCCUUGACGACUCAAUCAAUACUUUCUUCAAGCAGAACGAUUUCUAG